UUCUGCGCAUGAGCGCAGCGUACAUCAGUAUGGCUCGUUCUGAUUGGUCGUUAUUCGUCGUGACCUGGCAACCGAGUGAGAGCUUACCGACGCCUGUCUGUUCUCCCUCGGCUUAUUCUAUUAGCGAUAAAUCCUCAAACUGCGGCGUCAAACUGCAAUAUCUGUAAGUGCUUGUUGCUUUCAUUAAACAACAGGGAAGAUGUCGACGAGAACACUACCUCUUCUGUUCAUCAACCUCGGCGGAGAAAUGCUCUACAUCCUGGAUCAGCGCCUGCGAGCCCAGAAUAUCCCGAGCGAUAAAGCGAAGAAAGCCACUGUAGCAGGAUGGAUAGAGGAGGACAGAAGAAGAGUCAUGAAUGACAUCAUUACCACUAUGUUCAACAAGAAAUUCCUGGAGGAGCUGUUCAAGCCUCAAGAACUGUACUCAAAGAAGGCUUUGCGGACGGUCUUUGAUCGACUUGCGCACGCCUCAAUUAUGAGGCUUAAUCAAGCGAGUAUGGACAAGCUUUAUGACUUGAUGACCAUGGCAUUCAAGUAUCAGGUUCUUUUAUGCCCUCGACCUAAAGAUAUUCUCCUUGUGACUUUCAACCAUAUGGAUGCAAUCAAGGACUUUGUGAGGGACACCCCUAGUAUUCUCAGCCAAGUGGAUGAGACAUACAGACAACUCAUAGAGAUAUAUACUCCUUUGUCUGGUGGAGAAUUUCAACUAAUUAGACAAACGUUGCUAAUCUUCUUUCAAGAUAUGCACAUACGAGUGUCAAUAUUUCUGAAAGACAAAGUGCAAAACUCAAAUGGACGCUUUGUACUCCCUACAUCAGGACCUGUACCAUAUGGGACACACACCCCAGGACUAAUCCGAAUGUUUAGCUGUAAUGGUGAGGAAGUGAAGAGGACACAGUUCCGUGAUGGAGGAAACUACACCUCUGCCCUUCGCGAGGGUUCUUUUGAGUUAUUUGGUGACAGAGUCAUUAAACUGGGCACAAACAUGUAUAGCGUGAGCCGGCCAGUGGAGACCCACAUGUCCGGAACCUCUAAAAAUUCUUCACAGCAUACCAAGGUCAACACUAUACCAAACCCCUUGGCAAAGGAAGAGCUGAAUCUGCUUGCUAAACUGAUGGGUGGUUUGGAGGUGCAAAAACCAAGCAAUACUGACUCUGGUUUCCGUGUCAACCUCUUUGCAACCGAUGAGGAGGAAGAGGAAGCUUUAAUAUCCAGACCUGAGGAGCUCUCUUAUGAAGUUAUUAAUAUCCAAGCAACCAAGGACAAACAAGCCAAUGCAGAGUUGGCAAAGAUCAUGGGAGAGUUCACAGAAGCUGGAGAGCCUUCCCCAAGCUCCAGUAGCAAAGGUGAUGACCUGUUGGCAAUGAUGGACGGUCUGUGACUCGGAGUAAAUAUACAUUUGAGUGCUGUUAAGCAGGCUUGGUCUGACUUGAUGUUCUGCAGUGUGUCUCACUUAGUGAGCUGAGAGACCUACCACGUAACACAACAGCAACAACCAGAAGCUAAUAUGUGUUUGUGCCGGUAGAGUCGAUCAUAGUCAGACACUGUCCACCUUGUUUUGAGCCUCCUACUGUCUGGGAUUCUUUCAUUCUGAACAGUUACAGUGCAAUCCUGUUCUAUAGUUUUAUGUCAGAUCUAAUGUCUUUACUCCAGCCACUUUACAAAACUUUCCAUUGUUCAGCAACAAAUGCCAUUAAAUGUCAGGUUUGACACUGCCUACAUGAAAAUAUAACCUGAAAUACUGGUAAGGGUUGCUCAAGCAGUAAUGUAAGAUGUAAAUGUAAGAAGACUGUUAAAAUGGACACUUUCAACACUAGACAUGAUACAGCAAGUAACAAUUGCUUCAUUGUAUGUGACAUUGACCAUCACAUCCUGUGGUUAACCUGUUAAUGGAAUACUACCAGUACUUUUCAACCAAAUCUCUAUCUGCCACAUAUCAUGUGAUCAGUUACCAUGGACCGUUAUUUUGAAGUGUUUCCCUGAAAUUAGUAAAGAAAACAGAAAACAGUUCAAUUGAAACACACUUCCAGCAUCAGUUGCAUCUGCCCUGUUGCUUUUAUCUUCAAAGUGUAUUUGGAUUCAACAGAUUGACUGUUCUUUUACUAAGCACAGGGAAAUGUAAAAUUAUUGUCUGUGGUAAUAGACUACAGAAAACGUUAGGUUUGAAAACACAGUUCUUUAACUAAAAAUGAUAAAAUACCUAGAGAAAAACACUAUUCUGUCUUGGGAUGUAAAGUAAGUAGCUUGUUUGCUAUUUUACCUGCCCAAAGUAAGUAAAUUUUGGCAUUGCUUUAAUUUGUACUUGUACACACUCCUUGUUGGGAGUAUUAAUACAUUUGUACACUACAUUUAUUAAGUAGUUGGGCACAUCAUGGCUCACUGAACAUUGAGGGUUCACCUUGAUCAAAUUAUCCUGUGACUGCAGUAUGGUGAUAGAUUAUACCCUGCAAGUUGUCUUUGCUUUUAUUAGCUUACACUAGUGGAACAUGGGAUGUAAUGGUCAAGCAUAGUAAUCCAUUGCCACAGUAUUUCAGUGUGCAUCACAGCAAUAUGGUUGGAGUUUACUUACAAAUACUAGCAAAGGCCACAGAAGAUCAACGAGGCACAGUUAAUGAGCUUAGCUGUAGUGCAGGUCUAUAUGGUUUCAUAAGAUAUAUAUGUUCUUGCAAAACCAGAGAGCGUUUGGAGUAAAAGUGUACAUUUUUGCACAUGGUUGCUCAUUGACAAAUGUGUAUCAUGCUUUCUAUUUGGUAAUAGUUUUGGAUUUGUAUGUUUAUGAUUCCAGCUAAGAUUUCACAAGAUUUUUGAAGGUGUUAAUGCUUUGCACACAGCUGUCCAGUUUAGACUAGAUCAUAGAUUGGGUUUCUGUUUCUUUUAUUUUUUCCUCCGGAAAUGUCACUGAUGUCUCUAUGGAAGUCCAUUGCUGUUGGGUAGAAGAGAAAAAUCCUGGUUUUCUUUUUUCCCCUUCUUCUCUGUUUCUGGCAGCAGUAAGUCAGAACUUUGACAUAGUAUCACAGAAUAAUGACAUACUAUGUCAAUAUAAUAACCAAUUUUCUCCCAUUUGAUUUAGCAAAAUAAUGACUUAUUUUCUCUAAAUUUUUUAAUGAAUAUAUUUUUUAAUUGAAUGUUAUUAUUUUGGCUUAAGUCAAUAAGUCAUUAUUUUGAGACAUGGUAAUCAGUAUUGUUUAUUAAUAAUCAUUAUUGAAAUAAGCAAAAAUGUUGACAUGCUGCUGACGGAAACAGACAAAGAGAGGUUAUUUUUUACUCUACCUGGUUGGAAUGGGCUUCCAUAUGUAUCAGCAGACAACCCAUGAACACAGAAUUCACUGAAGUGCAGUAGAGCAUCUGAACAGAGCAGGGUAUGUGGGAAUGCUAGUCUAACAACACAUAUUUAGAAAAGGGAAACUGAAAGCUGCUGAAGAGUCUGGCAGAAACCUAAGUGCACUUGUCCUGAUUCAAACAGAUCAUUUCAUGUUUUGCUUUGUCUGUGUUUAAAAGUACAGUCAUUUGAAUGAAGGGUUUUCACUCCUUAAGAAAUUUCUACCAUCCAGAAGAGUUGUUGGGGUCUUAGACUGUAAGUUGUGUGAGAUGUGGAGAGUGACUAAGAAACUUUUAAAAACAUAGCUUACAAAAGGCAAUGCAAUAUAUUUGGUGGAACAAAAUGUGUACAUUUUUUUCACACAUACAAGUUAAUUUAUUGAAGACUGUAGUAUUGCAUACUAAGGAUUUGGUUGUAUUUUUCUGUUGUCUUUUGUUGGUAUAUCACAAUACAUUGAAAUAUGAAAUUAAAUAGUUUCACUGCAAAUAAAAAGAUGGAACCAAAAUAUUGUGUGUACUUUGUACCAAACAAAGAUGCUGUUUAGCUUGUGCUUAACACUAGAUGGAGCUACUGCAUUAAAACGCUUUAUGGGCAGCCUUACAAUGGAAUGUUGAUUCUACCAAAUUCACUUAUUACAGUUGUGACAGCAAACACAUUUUUUAUGUUUGUUCAUGUAUGGACAGUAGGACUAGGGGAUUACAGUAUGAUUAUGGGAGUAUGGGAGUGGUGG